GUCGGGGUACCGGGCGCUACCCCUGGGGGACUUUGACCGUUUCCAGCAGUCGAGCUUCGGCUUCCUGGGCUCGCAGAAGGGCUGCCUGUCCCCGGAGCGGGGCGGCGCGGGGCCGGGGGCCGUGUUUACAGAUGCCUGGAUGCUCCUGGCUCCAUGCCAGGUGUGGGAAGCACUCCGCGUGAGCCAAGAGCAUUGAUCCAGGUACCCGGUGAGGAGAGCAUCACUUGGAUUGGCUUCUCAAGUCUAACGGCUGUUGCUUAGCAGAGACUCGGCCUUGUGGAGAUGCGCCCCAGAGCUGGCCCUCCUACCUCUGCCACGGCCUCAUCAGCUUCCUGGGGCUCUUGCUGCUGCUGCUCACCUUCCCCAUUUCCGGCUGGUUCGCCUUGAAGAUUGUACCUACCUAUGAGCGGAUGAUCGUGUUUCGACUGGGCCGGAUCCGUACCCCUCAAGGGCCUGGCAUGGUUCUGCUCUUGCCCUUCAUUGACUCCUUUCAGCGGGUGGAUUUAAGGACACGCGCUUUCAAUGUCCCUCCCUGCAAGCUGACUUCUAAGGAUGGGGCCGUGUUGUCCGUGGGGGCCGAUGUCCAGUUCCGCAUCUGGGACCCAGUACUGUCCGUGAUGACCGUAAAGGACCUGAACACGGCCACGCGUAUGACGGCCCAAAAUGCCAUGACCAAGGCCCUGCUCAAGAGGCCUCUGCGGGAGAUCCAGACGGAGCAGCUCAAGAUCAGCGACCAGCUCCUGCUGGAAAUCAAUGACGUGACCAGAGCCUGGGGGCUGGAGGUGGACCGAGUGGAACUAGCAGUGGAGGCUGUGCUCCAGCCACCCCAGGACAGCCCAACGGGGCCCAGCUUGGACAGCACCCUCCAGCAACUGGCUCUCCACUUCUUGGGAGGAGGCCUGCCCUCAGUGGCUGGAGGCGCCUCACCCCUCGGGCCAGCAGACACCUUGGAGAUGGUGAGCGAAGCUGAGCCGCCUGCCCCUCACGUUGGUGCUGGGCCCAGUCCGAAGCAGCCUGUGGCUGAGGGGCUGCUGACUGCCCUGCAGCCCUUCCUAUCAGAGGCCCUGGUCAGCCAGGUCGGGGCCUGCUACCAGUUCAAUGUCAUCCUGCCCAGCGGCUCCCAGAGCGUCUACUUCCUCGACCUCACUACAGGGCACGGGAGCAUAGGGCACGGGGUGCCCGACGGCAUCCCUGAUGUGGUGGUGGAGAUGGCUGAGGCAGACCUGCGGGCCCUUCUGUGCAGGGAGCUGCGGCCCCUGGGGGCCUACAUGAGUGGGCGCCUAAAGGUGAAGGGUGACCUGGCCGUGGCCAUGAAGCUGGAGGCUGUCCUCAGGGCCCUGAAGUAGCAGCUUUGGCUGACUGCCCAUAGGCCAGCCCCGAUUCUGGCGUGAAGCCGGGGGUGGGGGGACGUCUUGGAGGAGGAGGCGCUGGUGCCACACCUCGGGUUGUUGAGCCUUGAGAAGUUUCAGGCUCGGCCAGGAGCCAACGAAUGGAGGCUGGCAGACACAAGAGGCUGGGAGAGACUGAGUCAGGCCGCCUUGCCGUCUCACCUGGAGUGCUUCUCUGGACAAGCCUUUGCCCAUCCCGGCCCCUGGCUGAACACCCAGCCCUGAGCGGGCCCACAGAGUGCUGAUCAGAGAGCAGGGCCCGCUCCCCUCUGCCAGCUACCUGACUGGAGAGACGGGGCCCACAGGGCCAGCCCGACUGCACCUGAUUUGGUCCCAGUGUGAGGGAGCCAAGCGUAUGGCUCGGGUCCCGGCUGUAGAGUGGGGAUCAGAGAGGUGAUGGGGGCGAAGGAAGGCAGCCCACCGCCGAGAGUCACCGCAGGGCAGGGAUGUGCCCUCGUGGCAGUGGUUCAGGCCCAGGCCAGUGGGCGGUGCGGAUGGAAAAGCGCGGGGCCUUCUCGGCGUCCAGCCCUGCUCCUGAAGAUGGCUUGCCUCACCUCCCGGCUCCGUCUUGCAUGCCUGGCGGGCCGGGGCCCAGGGCAGCAUGUAGGAGGGCCCUGCUGUUCUGUGCUUUUUACCAGAGGUUUACGAACCACCAAUAAAUGUGCUGUUUACAGUGUA